AGGCCACAUCGGCAGUGACGCGGUCCCUAGUGUUUCCGGGCAACUUCGCAGAGAAGAGACUAGUGAAUAACAUUUCAGGACUAAACAACGAUACAUACGUUGACUACAGGUAGUUUGCCAGCCACGAGGGGAACAUUGACUAUUUAGUACUUCAUAUUUUCCAAGUUUGAAGACCUAACAUAAUAAAAUGGCUGACCAACUGACUGAGGAGCAGAUUGCUGAGUUCAAGGAGGCGUUCUCACUGUUCGACAAGGACGGUGACGGCACCAUCACCACCAAGGAGCUGGGCACUGUCAUGCGCUCUCUGGGACAGAACCCUACUGAGGCAGAACUACAGGACAUGAUCAACGAGGUAGACGCUGAUGGUAAUGGAACGAUCGAUUUCCCAGAGUUCCUGACAAUGAUGGCAAGGAAGAUGAAGGACACAGACAGCGAGGAGGAGAUCAGAGAAGCCUUCAGAGUCUUUGAUAAGGAUGGGAACGGCUACAUCAGCGCGGCAGAGCUGCGGCACGUCAUGACCAACCUCGGGGAGAAGCUCACAGACGAGGAGGUGGACGAGAUGAUCCGCGAGGCCGACAUUGAUGGAGACGGACAGGUCAACUAUGAGGAGUUUGUGCAGAUGAUGACAGCCAAGUGAAGUGGACUGUGCUCUCACACAUUUCUCUCUCUCACAUUGCUUGUCCUCCUAAGAUCACUCUGUCUUUAAGAAAACAAACCAAUAAUCAAGCCAAAAUGUAA